AUGGAGAAGAUAGAUGUAACCGACUCAUCGUACUCGCAUACAUCAUCCGCCACAUGGUUCACAUGUGGUAAAGAGAGCCAGCAAAAUAGCUUAGUUUUGGAUACGGAGGAAAAGCCAGCGAGGAGAAGGCUAGUGUUGGUUCCAGUUCCAGCACAAGGACAUUUAUCUCUGAUGAUGCAGCUUGCGGAAACUCUACACUUGAAGGGUUUCUCAAUCACUGUUGCUCAAACCAAGUUCAAUUACUUUAGCCCUUCAGAUGACUUCACUGAUUUUCAGUUCGUGACCAUCACAGAAAGCUUACCGGAGUCUGCUUUCAAGAAUCUCAAGCCAAUAAUGUUUCUGCUUAAGCUCAACAAAGAGUGUCAGGUGAGCUUCAAGUUGCUUCUACAACAAGACAUCUCAUGUGUCAUCUACAAUGAGUAUAUGUACUUUGUUGAAGCUGCAGCCAAGGAGUUUAAUCUUCCAAACGUUAUUUUCAGCACCACAAACGCAACUGCUUUUGUUUACCGCUCUGUAUUCAAAAAACUCUAUGCAAACAAUAUCUUAGCUCCCUUAAAAGAUUCUAAAGGACAACAAGAUGAGCUAGUGCCAGGGUUUCAUCCCCUGAGAUACAAAGACCUACCUACUUCAAUAUUUUCAUCAUUAGAAAACAUACUUCAGCUGUAUAAGAAUACAGUUGACAAACGGACAGCUUCAUCAGUGAUAAUCAACACGGCGAGCUGUCUAGAGAGCUCAUCUCUGUCGUGGCUGCAACAACAGCUAGAGAUUCCAGUGUUUCCUAUAGGCCCUCUUCACAUGGUGGCCUCAGAUCCAACGAGUCUGCUUGAAGAGAACAGGAACUGUAUCGAAUGGUUGAACAAAAAAAAGCAAAACUCUGUGAUAUUCGUGAGCUUGGGAAGCUUAGCUUUGUUGGAAGUCAAUGAGGUCAUGGAAACUGCUUCGGGAUUGGAUAGUAGCAACCAACACUUCUUGUGGGUGAUUAGGCCAGGGUCGGUACGUGGUUCCGAAUGGAUAGAGCACUUGCCUGAGGAGUUUAGUAAGAUGGUCUCGAGUCGAGGCUACAUUGUGAAAUGGGCUCCACAGAAGGAAGUUCUUGCUCAUCCUGCAGUAGGAGGGUUUUGGAGCCAUUGUGGAUGGAACUCUACACUAGAGAGUAUCGGUGAAGGAGUUCCAAUGAUCUGCAAGCCGUUUUCCACCGAUCAGAAGGUGAACGCGAGGUACUUGGAGUGUGUUUGGAGAAUUGGGAUUCAAGUGGAAGGUGAGCUAGACAGAGGAGCGGUGGAGAGAGCUGUGAAGAGGCUAAUGGUGGGUGAAGAAGGAGAGGAGAUGAGGAAGAGAGCUAUUUGUUUGAAGGAGAGACUCAGAGCCUCUGUUAGAGAUGGAAGUUCUUCACACAACUCGCUAGAUGAAUUUAUACACUUGAUGAGGACUCUGUGA